GUUAGCCACUAAACACACUUUUAAAAGUGCAGGGAAGUGAAGAGAAGAAGCUAGAGCUGGAGAUAGAUAAUAAUUCUAGAUGUAACUGGAAAUUGGGUAGAGUUUGACACAACUUGCUUGCAUUUCCGUCUGAUCCUGCAUCAGGUAUUUGCUCUAGUUUUCGGCAAGCAAGUUCGCAAUUGAUUCUUCUGCUGCUAUAAAAAAAAUGCGAAAUUACGAUGAAAUUACCGCUUUUCUUGGGGGAUGGGGACCGUACCAGAGGCUUAUCUUCUUCCUUUUGAGUGCCAGCAUCUUUCCCAACGGUUUCUCGGGAUUGUCCAUAGUUUUCAUCGGGGGUAUUCCAGAGUAUCGCUGCUCAAUUCCUGGGAAUCUUAAUCUGAGCGAACCGUGGAAGAACAAGACGAUCCCUCUGGUUCGAAAAGGAGCCGAACUCCAGUACUGCAAAUGCAGACGGUACCGGCUAGACGUGAUAAAGAACCUUUCGGAGACAUUUCCCGACCCAGAUUUCUUAAAUUUUUCGGAGAUUGAAAGAGAACCCUGUCUGGAUGGAUGGGAGUACAGUAAGGAGCAGUAUAUCUCCACCAUCGUCUCCGAGUGGGACUUGGUAUGUAACGAAGAUUGGAAAGCCCCAUUUUCUACGUCGCUGUUCUUCAUAGGAGUGCUGCUUGGUUCCUUUAUAUCUGGACAGUUAUCUGACAAGUUUGGGAGAAAGAUAAUUCUAUUUGGAACGAUGGCUGUACAGUGUGUAUUCAGCAUUCUUCAAGUGUUCUCUCCGAACUGGGAAGUAUUCUGCCUUCUUAAUUUCCUUGUAGGUCUGGGGCAAAUAUCAAACUACGUAGCUGCUUUUGUUCUUGGAUCAGAAAUUCUUGGAAAAUCCAUUCGGGUUAUAUACUGUACAUUGGGAGUGUGCAUUUCUUAUGCUAUUGGCUACAUGUUGCUCCCUUUGUUUGCAUACUUUAUAAGAAGUUGGCGGAUGUUGCUUUUGGCUCUUUCUCUCUCCGGCCUGAUAUACAUUCCGUUGUGGUGGUUUAUUCCUGAAUCUCCACGCUGGCUGAUAACAAAGGGAAGGGUAAAGGAGGCAGAAGAAAUACUCCGAUUUAUUGCAAAGAAAAAUGGUGUCACUGCACCAGAGGUGCUCUUCAGUGAUCUUGAGCUUGAAGAUAUGAGGGCUAAAAGUGAACAGUCUUACGCAAUUAUCCAUUUGGUUAGAACUUGUAAUAUCCGAGCCGUCACUAUCAUCAACAUUCUGAUGUGGAUGAUUUUAACAGCUGGAUAUUUUGGCCUGUCCUUGAACACUCCCAAUCUUCAUGGUGAUGACUAUUUGAACUGUUUCUUCUCUGCUGCCAUUGAAGUUCCUGCCUACACAGCAGCCUGGUUUUUUCUUCAGAGGUGUUCACGUAGGUUCACCCUUUCGAGUGCACUUCUUUUUGGAGGAGUUGUCCUUCUACUCAUCCAGUUUGUGCCUUCAGAUAUUUCAGUACUUACCACUGUGCUGGUGAUGAGUGGAAAACUUGCAACUACAUGUGGCUUUUCCAUGAUUUAUGUCUACACAGCUGAGCUGUAUCCAACAGCAGUAAGAAAUAUGGGUGUUGGAGUGUGCUCAAUGGCCAGCAGGAUGGGCAGCAUUGUUUCACCUUAUAUUUUUUAUCUUGGUGUUCAUCAUAAGUUUUUGCCUUUUACUCUAAUGGGAAUUUUAACAGCAUUAUCAGGAAUUCUUGCUUUGUUUCUGCCUGAAACAUUCAAUCUUCCUCUCCCAGACACCAUUGAACAGAUGCAAAAAAUCAAGGGAUUCAAAUGUAGAGGUAUGCAUAAAAAUCACUACCAUUUUGAUAAGGAAGGAAAACUUGAACGUAAUGGUCAAAAAAAGGAGGAAAAUGAACCCAGUAACUGAUCUACAGUGAUACAGAAUGAACAAUCAAUCACUUUCCCCAGUUUAUAUCACAUUAUCAUCUAUUGAAAUAUAUGUAACAAUGCAACCAAAAUACUCAGGGACAUAUCAACAGAAUAUUGUACAAUUUAGAUUUCUUAAACUUGCACAAUUUUAAAAUAGAAAACUCACAAUUUGGGCAGAAAUGCUUUAUUGAGUUGAUCUUGAUAUUUAAAUAAUGAAUCAAUGAAACAUGCCAGCUGCUCAGAUACCUACAGUUUAGAGGCUGGCAUUUUUAAUACUAGCUGCCAGAUUGAGGGUGCCAAGGGUAUACUGACAUAACUCAACAGGAUGAGGUCACUCAGUAUAAAUUGGUCUCAAUCACCAGCAAAGUAGGUGCUAGAACCACUCCUGUGGACUCCACAAAAAUAAAGGGGAAGUUACCAUGGCUGAAAUUUACCAGGUCUUAUCUCACUUAGGAUUGUUCAGUGAGCCUAAAAAGCAGUCAUGUUCUUAUGCUCCCAAUUUAUCUAUUAGAAACAGCCUACUGCUGAAAACUAAUGAGAGAUUUGAGUGCUUAAUUGUAGGCCCCUUUGAAAAUUCAAGCCUUUUCAUUGGUAUUAAUAGGACAGUAAUAAUCCCAAUCUCCAUUUGAGAACAUAAUUAUCACCUUAAUGCCAUCAGUUGAAGUGAAAUUGACCCAUACGCAUUACAUUCUUUAGUUUCUCUUCAAAGAGAGAAAUUUUACCAUGAGCCAAACAAUUGUAGUUGAUACAAGAUCACAAGACAAGGGAGCAGAAGUAGGCCAUUCGGCCCAUCGGGUCUGCUCCAAAGAAAAGAAAGGGAAAAAGAAAAAGAAAAAAGAAAUGAGAAAUGGGAGAAUGUCCAUGAGAGAAAAAAAAUAUUCCUUUCUAGCCCCAAUUUCUGGCCUUAUCCCCAUAUCCCUUGAUACCUUGACUAAUUAGAUAACUAUCUAUCUCCCCCUUAAACACCUCCAAUGAUCGGGCCUCCACUGCUGUUCGUGGCAAAGAAUUCCAUAAAUUCACUACCCUCUGGCUAAAGAAAUUUCUCCUCAACUCUGUUUUAAACCUGUACCCUCUAAUUCUAAGAUUGUGCCCUCUGGUCCUGGACUCACCCGCCAAGGGAAACAGCUUGGUCACAUCUACUCUGUCCAGUCCUUUCAACAUUCUAAAUGUCUCUAUGAGGUCCCCUCUCAUUCUACUGUACUCCAGUGAGUACAGUCCAAGAGCCGACAAACGCUCAUCAUAUGUAAGCCCUUUCAUUCCGGGAAUCAUCCUCGUAAAUCUCCUCUGAACCCUCUCCAAGAUCAGCACAUCCUUCCUAAGAUAUGGGGCCUAAAACUGCAAACAGUAUUCCAAAUGAGGCCUCACUAAGUGCCCCGUAGAGCCUCAUCAACACCUCCCUACUUUUAUACACGAUACCUCUCGAAAUGAAUGCCAACAUAACAUUCGCUUUCCUUACUGCCGAUCCGACCUGGUGGUUAACCUUUAGGGUAUCCUGCACAAGUACCCCCAAGUCCCUUUGUACUUCUGUACUUUGAAUUUUUGCCCCUUCUAGAUAAUAAUCUGCCCAUUUAUUUCUGUUUACAAACUGUACAAUGGCACAUUUCUCAACAUUGAAUCUCAUCUGCCAUUUCCUUGCCCAUUCUCCUAAACUAUCUAGGUCUCUCUGUAACCUUCCUGUCUCCUCAAUGCUCCCUACUCCUCCACCUACCUUGGUGUCGUCUGCAAACUUAGCCACAAAACCAUUUACUCCAUCAUCCAAAUUGUUAAUGUACAAAGUAAAAAGAAGCGGCCCCAACACCGACCCUUGCGGAACACCACUAGUAACCGGUAGCCAACUAGAACAGGAUCCUUUUAUUCCGACCCUUUGCUUUCUGCCUACCAGCCAAUGCUCCAUCCAUACUGUUAUCAAUACUGUUUUCGACUGGUGAAGGAUGUUGCUCCUACUCCACUCCUCCAGCUGAAAUUCCAAUUCUUAUUGCUGAAAUAAAAUGGGAAAUACAUCAUUUGGUCAAAUACAUGGAGAAAAGUUAUGAAAACAAAUAAUUGUAAAUAAGGAUGUUUUUCUGCAUUUAGCAGGAAAAAAAAGGAUUGAUAAAGUAAUCCUGAUUGAAGUAGUAUUUAGAGAUAAUGGCUUAACAAUGAAGCAGUAUUAGAAUAUUUUGCACAUGGAAUAAAUAGCAAAUUUGCAUUUAGGAUGAAUGAACACAAGUCAAACUCAAGAACAGGGUUUCCCAGAGUCACAGUAUAAAAGAUAUAUCUGCAGGAUACAGGGAACUUAGAUUUGUAAAGCUUUGUGUAUUUAUUGUGUGGGGAUGUGGGUGGCAGUCAGAAAGUUAUCUCAACUGUGCUGGGAUUGUUGUGUGGGGAGCCAGAGGAAGGAUCUGGGAGGGUUGGCAUUUGGUCAAGUGGUUGAGAUGAAAUUGGGCAGAUGGUGAGGAGAUGGUCAGACAGUUGAUUGAAGGACUUGGGCACACGAAUAGGGAUGGGUGGAUGAUAGUAUUGGCAUUAAGAGGUUAAAAUAUAAAGCAUUUGCUGGUCAGGGUUCAUAGAGGCGAUAAGUCUGGAAGUGAAUACACAGUAAGAAAUGUUUGGACCUGUCCUCUAGAAGAUGAUAUGGUUAUUCCUGUAAUCAUUGCAAAACUGAUUGAAAAUUGUGAAUGCAGAUACUAAUGACAUUCACUUCAGUUCAAUGGCACUUUUUACUGAACUCAAACAGUAUCAUUUGAUUUUUUUUUAUUUUGUAGUAUGGUUAUUAAUUCUACUUUUAGGGACUAAUGAGUGUGAGUAAUGUAGUUGAAAUGGUGGAAUUUGGCUGCUCAUGUAAAUGAUAAUAAAUUACAGGAUUUAAAUGUGAAUUAUGAUAUUCAAAUCUCUUUCAUUUGAUACUAACUUACUUUAUUUUUUCAUUCACAAACUAUAAGCAUCGUUGGUGAGGCUGGUAUUUAUUGACCAUUCCUUCUUCCCCUGAAUUGGUUGUUAGACCAUCUUUA